AUGUACGAAGGGAUUGACAACUUGAAAUACCUUUACGACCGUGCCGGGAAGACUUUCUCCGGCGGUCCUUCUGCGGCACAGGAUGUGCCGCGUCGUACUGCUCAACCAGACCCAGUACGUCGAUCAUCAGUUGGUAGCGGGGCUCCCAAGAAUCCCAGGACGGGGGAUAGCCGCGCCAUCGGACGAGAUAACUCGUCCGACGUCCGUUCACGUCGCGGUGGUUCAACAGCUGCUCAACUAGAUAGCGCUGGCCACCGCGAGAGUCCUCUAAUGGAGGUGGAGGAGGAGGAAAGACGCUCUCCACACGAUCAUGGGGAUCCGUGUGUUCCCGAGAGCUUCUUUGAUCGCGUAACGCAAGGGUUACGCGACGAUCUCGAACAUGAGCGGAAUAGGCGUCUCCAAAUGGCGGACACUGCCUCGAAGCAUCGAGCUGAGUUUGCCUUUGCUCAGCUCGAGAACGAGAGAUCUCUGACAUCUCUUCGUGACGAGCUAAGGGUAGCUCGUGGGAUUGUUGAUCGGUCUCGGGCUGAGAUAACUGCUCUUCAGACCCUUGAUGAUGCCCACCAUCGGGAGCACAAGGCUCUCUGCGAGAUGCUUGAGCGCAAGGGCGUUCUUCAUCGGAAGAAGCAGCGUACUGAUGGUACGGCUUAA